AUGGAGACUGGCGUCGGCCCACAUCCACUGCGCCUGUUCAUCUGCCUGAUGCCGCUGUGUCUCGCCUUGCUUUUGGGGCCGGGGAGGCCAGGGACCGCCGAGGAAGUCAUCCUUUUGGAUUCCAAAGCUUCCCAAGCUGAGCUGGGCUGGACUGCACUGCCAAGUAAUGGGUGGGAGGAGAUCAGCGGCGUGGAUGAGCACGACCGUCCCAUCCGCACAUACCAGGUGUGCAACGUGCUAGAGCCCAACCAGGACAACUGGUUGCAGACUGGCUGGAUCAGCCGCGGCCGCGGGCAGCGCAUCUUCGUGGAGCUGCAGUUCACACUGCGUGACUGCAGCAGCAUCCCUGGAGCCGCGGGCACCUGCAAGGAGACUUUCAAUGUCUACUACCUGGAAACCGAGGCCGAUCUGGGCCGCGGGCGUACCCGCCCAGGUGGCAGCCGGCCCCGCAAGAUCGACACAAUCGCGGCAGACGAGAGCUUCACUCAGGGCGACCUGGGUGAGCGCAAGAUGAAGCUGAACACAGAGGUGCGCGAGAUCGGCCCGCUCAGCCGGCGGGGUUUCCACCUCGCCUUCCAGGACGUGGGCGCAUGCGUGGCUCUAGUCUCUGUGCGAGUCUACUACAAGCAGUGUCGCGCCACGGUGCGGGGCCUGGCGGCGUUCCCAGCCACCGCAGCCGAGAGCGCCUUCUCCACGCUGGUGGAGGUGACCGGAACGUGCGUGGCACACUCAGAAGGGGAGCCCGGCAGCCCCCCGCGCAUGCACUGCGGCGCCGAUGGCGAGUGGCUGGUGCCCGUGGGCCGGUGCAGCUGCAGUGCGGGAUUCCAAGAACGCGGUGACGUCUGUGAAGCCUGUCCCCCAGGGUUUUACAAGGUGUCCCCGAGGCGGCCCCUCUGCUCACCGUGCCCAGAGCACAGCCGGGCCCUGGAAAACGCGUCCACGUUCUGCGUAUGCCAGGACAGCUAUGCACGCUCGCCCACCGACCCACCUUCGGCGUCCUGCACCCGGCCGCCGUCAGCGCCGCGGGACCUUCAGUACAGCCUAAGCCGCUCGCCGCUGGCGCUGCGGCUGCGCUGGCUGCCGCCAGCCGACUCGGGCGGCCGCUCGGACGUCACUUACUCGCUGCUGUGCCUGCGCUGCGGCCGCGAGGGCCCGGCGGGCGCGUGCGAGCCAUGCGGGCCGCGCGUGGCCUUCGUGCCCCGCCAGGUGGGGCUGCGGGAGCGCGCCGCUACGCUGAUGCACCUGCGGCCCGGCGCGCGCUACACCGUUCGCGUGGCCGCGCUCAACGGAGUGUCUGGCCCGGCGGCCGCCGCGGGAGCCACCUACGCACAGGUCACGGUCUCCACCGGACCGGGGGCGCCCUGGGAGGAGGAUGAGAUCCGCAGGGACCGAGUGGAGCCCCAGAGCGUGUCUCUGUCGUGGCGGGAGCCCAUCCCCGCGGGAGCCCCAGGGGCCAACGGCACAGAGUAUGAGAUCCGAUACUUCGAGAAGGGUCAGAGUGAGCAGACUUACUCGACGGUGAAGACAGGGUCGCCUGCGGUCACUGUCACCAACCUGAAACCGGCUACCCGCUACGUCUUUCAGAUCCGGGCAGCUUCCCCAGGGCCCUCCUGGGAGACCCAGAGCUUCAACCCCAGCAUUGAAGUGCUGACCCCAGGAGAGGCCACCUCCGGGUCCAAGGACCAGAGCCCCGCGGUCGUUGUCACCGUGGUAACCAUCUCAGCCCUCCUCGUCCUGGGCUCUGUGAUGAGCGUGCUGGCCAUUUGGAGGAGGCCCUGCAGCUAUGGCAAAGGAGGUCGGGACGCCCAUGAUGAGGAGGAGCUGUAUUUCCACUUCAAAGUCCCAACUCGCCGCACGUUCGUAGAUCCCCAGAGCUGUGGGGACACGCUGCAGGCCGUGCAUCUGUUUGCCAAGGAGCUGGAUGCGAAAAGCGUCACGCUGGAGAAGAGCCUUGGAACAGGGCGGUUUGGGGAGCUGUGCUGCGGCUGCCUGCAGCUCCCGGGCCGCCAGAAGCUCCCUGUGGCCGUGCACACGCUGAGGGAGGGCUGCUCCGACUCGCAGAGGCUCAGCUUCCUGGCCGAGGCCCUCACCCUGGGCCAGUUCGACCACAGCCACGUGGUGCGACUGGAGGGCGUGGUCACCCGAGGAAGCACCUUGAUGAUUGUCACCGAAUACAUGGGCCAAGGGGCCCUGGAUGGCUUCCUCAGGCGGCAUGAGGGCCAGCUGGUGGCCACGCAGCUGAUGGGGCUGCUGCCCGGCCUGGCGUCGGCCAUGAAGUACCUGUCGGAAAUGGGCUACGUCCACCGGGGCCUGGCGGCACGCCGGGUGCUGGUCAGCAGCGAGCUCGUCUGCAAGAUCUCUGGCUUCGGCCGGGGCCCCCGGGACCGAGCAGAGGCGGUCUACACCACCAUGAGUGGCCGGAGCCCAGCGCUGUGGGCUGCCCCCGAGACGCUCCAGUUUGGCCACUUCAGCUCCGCCAGCGAUGUGUGGAGCUUCGGUGUCGUCAUGUGGGAGGUGAUGGCCUUUGGAGAGCGGCCCUACUGGGACAUGUCUGGCCAAGAUGUGAUCAAGGCCGUGGAGGAUGGCUUCCGGCUGCCACCGCCCAGGAACUGCCCCUCCCCGCUGCACCAACUGAUGCUUGCCUGCUGGCAGAAGGACCCGGGUGAGCGGCCCAGGUUCUCCCAGAUCCACGGCCUCCUGAGCAAGAUGAUGCAGGACCCAGAGCCCCCGAAGUGUGCUGACACCACCUGUGCCAGGCCUCCCACGCCCCUGGCGGACCGUGCCUUCUCCAGCUUCCCCUCCUUUGGCUCCGUGGGCGCGUGGCUGGAGGCCCUGGACCUGGGCCGCUACAAAGACAGCUUCACUGCUGCGGGCUAUGGGAGCCUGGAGGCUGUGGCCGCCAUGACUGCCCAGGACCUGGUGAGCCUGGGCAUCUCAUCGGUGGAACACCGGGAGGACCUCCUCAGCGGGAUCAGCGCCCUGCGGGCCCGAGUACUCCAGCUGCAGGGCCGGGGGGUACAGGUGUGA